AUGUCCCUCACAGUGGCGUUUCUGCAGCUUACUUAUAAUAGGAAGCAGGGCAAGGUCAACUACAAGGGUGCUUCCCUUGCCAAACAGCUUGGUCUUCCCCAGGACACUUCUGUUGGUGAAUACGAGGAGCACCUCUUCAUGCUCCCUUGUCUUCGAUCAGUCCCAGUCAUUUUGGUCAAGAAGAAAGCAGCUGCCACCACUAAGCUACAGAAGAAGCUUAAAGAGCUGGCCAAGAAAGAGCUGGCUGUGACCAGUCAUAUGUUAAAGAUUCUGCCAUAUCACUUUGAUCUCAUCACCACUCGCACCUUCAAGUGUGCUCACAUUGAAGACUUGAAGCCUGAAAUUGAGCACUUCUGA